AUGAUUGCCUAUGCUUGGGCUCCCUUUGACAAUGUUUUCUUCGGCUGUGGUAUUCUUUUUGGUGGCAUCGCCGUCUUUUUGCUUCUUCUUACAGCGUGGUUCAAUAGCAUUCUACCUUCUUUCCCCGAACCUCCCAGCGGCCUAGAUGUCCCGACGAGCUUCUCACCCAUAUCUCGAUGGGUUUGGGGUAAGAAAUGGCUUUUGCAAGGGAGAAAUCUACUCAUCAAAGCUCAUGCACCGAGACAAUCCUAUAUGCUUCCUACACCCAAGAACUAUUGCGUCUUCAUCUCCAACGAACAAAACAUCAAAGAAUUCGCUUCCAACCCUGAUUUCUCGCUUAACCAAGCAUACGACGAUCUCUUUUCAUACAAACACAAUAAAUUAUAUCAUGAUCAGCAAGAGUCUGCUUUGAUCAAUCAGCAGUAUUAUUUUCGCGUCUUGCGAGAAGGAUUGACAACGAAGCUAGCAGGAUUAUACCCCUACAUGUACGAGACUCUCGUGAAGGAGAUGGACGGUCACAUUUCGCGCAAGAGUGAAGUAAACGGCUGGAAAUCCAUCCACUACUACCCAUUUCUGGAAUACGUAACAGUCUCCAUGAUUGGCCCGAUUUUCUGGGGUCAACCACUCUGGGACGUCCCUGAAUUUCAAGAUGCGGCUCGCAGAUUCCCAGCUCAAUACUUUAAAUUUGGCGAGAUUGUACAACACGUACCUAAAAUUACCAUUCCACUUGUGAAGUAUGCUGUCACGGGGGGAAACAAAUAUCGCAACGUCUUGAUCAAGCAUCUGCUGCCAAUUAUUAGAAAGCAACUUAGCGAAGAAGCAAAGCAAGAAAAGACUGGCGAUGAAUCACCUUUCUGCGACAUCAUGCAAGAUGCUAUCCGAAUGGUACGAGGGAAGGCUUACUGGACGCCUGAAAGAGUGAUUUUACUUCUGGAAAGUCUUUGGCGAGCUGGCGGACACUCCGUCCCAAUGACAAUAGCACAUAUUGUAAAUUCAUUGUGCGAGCAUCCAGAAUAUUUUGAGCCACUACGCGAAGAGCUCCAACAGCACCAAGAUAUGGAUUUCAAGACACUUGAAAGUCUGCCACUUGCUAAUAGCUUCAUGAAAGAAGUAAUUCGGACCCGGCCGUUAGAUAGCGCUUCCACGCGACGGAAAGCGAUGAAAACACAUACCUUUCAAAACGGACCUCACGUCCCCGCUGGAAACAUCGUAUGUAUACCUUCGCUUAGCAUCAUGAACGAUGCUUCUAUCUACCCCAAUCCUCAAGUGUUUGACGGGUUCCGCUUCGUCACGGCCAACGAUGCAGGAAUGGUCAACGAAAGCCCGGAUAUGAAAGGCAUGAGUAAAGUCACAGAUGUUAAUCUGAAGUUUCCAUUUUGGGGCUAUGGAAAAGAAGCUUGUCCUGGGCGAUUCUUUGCCUCAAUUGAAAUGAAAAUUGUCAUGGCUAUCCUCGUCAGCAGGUACGAUUUUAAGCUAGCGAAGCCGGAGACACCCACAAGUUGGUCGUGGCGGACGAUAGCGGUCCCCCGACGGGACAGUGUCCUCUUGAUUCGUGAAAGAUCUGGGGAGUAG